CGACCGUAUGAACCACCACGAUGGCUUGGCUUCUAAAUUUAAACCCCAUUGUCCGCGUCCACCUGUAGCCUCGUUUCUUCUUCUCUUCUUCUCCGUUUCCUCUACUCAGCCAGAAGCUAGGAUCGCUCUAGAGCUAGAAGACGCUUCUUCCAAGUCCCAAUCACGUUGUGAUUUGCAAUAUGGGACGGAGCUGAUUCUACACUCCCAUUGCUGUUUAUCACAUGAAUAGCAGGACAUUUCAACAAUGCUAUGAUAUAAUUUUUUACUGGUUAAUUGAUACCAUGUAAUUUGAAAUUGAUUGUUGUUUAAGAU